AUGGCAGCGUGCACUUUCACACCCAAACAGAUCCUGAAGAAGGAGGUGUCACAGAAAGAAUAUGAGUUCCUCCAAGAAUGGGCCCCCGACACUAUCAAGGACUACACUCCGAUCAAACCUGGCAAUCCGGUAGACAGGAUGCCCAAGCAUCAGACGAUGCCCAGCCAGCCACACGUCCAGAGCCCCCGACGGGCUAAACCUCGCUCGCCUCUCUACGAGGAAUGGAAGGUUCAGCCGCUACACAGAGAGACGUUAAACGAGGCUGCAAAAGCCACAGGCGCUUCUGUGAGCAUGGAGAAUAAAACUAACGGGAUGAUUCCUCCUGCUCCUACUACAAACGUCAGGGUUAAUGGCAGGCAUCCUAGUAACUCGUUGGACACAAAGAUCCGCCAGCAGGAGCCGGUAAAGAGUAGUCCUGUUUUACAUAAUCAUUAUGCGAAACCCACCGCUAGCACUAAUAACCGAGUUAUCGCGAACCCUGUCCCUAGUGUGGCAUCCAAGUCGGGAGUGCCCAGGCCUGGGCCAUAUAAACCUGUGGAACAGAACAAUAAGAGGGUCAUGUUUCGAAACGACGACUUGAUCAGAUGGUCGGACGGGAUCAAGACUCUGAGCGGUGCUAUGGCCUACUUUCAACCUAGUUUCAUUCAAGACCCGUGGAAGGACAUGAAACCUGCUGUGACGAAAUUCCUUGAGCGAUACUGGUAA